UUGAUUUUAUAGUGUACACUAACAUUUUUAUUAUCAAUUCAUAUUUUAAUACUUAAACCAUUAUUGUUCUAAAAUGAUGAACUUAUAUAAAGCUGCAACACUUCCAGAUUCAGUUCGCUUCGACACUUGGCGAGAUCAAACAUUUCGGUAAAAUGAAACUCGCGGGGCUAGUUUUUCUUGUAUUUGUUGGUCUCUCAGUUGUCAAUGUGGUACAUUCUGCCAUUUUCGAUACCAUUUUGAAUACAGCGAAAGAAAUGGGUUCCAGCGCCCAGAAAAUUGGGGAUGACAUACUGGGAACUUUCUUAUUACCGAAUAGGAAAUGCAAGAACAUGCAAUGCUCAAAUGUGGACAAGAUGAAGAUUUUGGAAGAACAUAACGUACCGAUGCAUCAGAUACAGCCAGCUUACGUUAUGCAAGAUGGUGGCUUCUAUCCUGAUCCCAAAACGGCAAGAAAGCGAUCACCCGAUCCUCCAAAAUUUGUACCCGCCCAAGGAAAUUAAUUAAUAAAUAACUGAAAUUCAUUGUAUUGUUUCAAAAUAUCAGAAAUGAAGUUAUAUCAUUAAAA